GCCUCCCGUCGCCCCACCGAGGCCGGAACGCCGAGCGUCCACAGCCGGGUGACGGGUUCCGCCGCUCACGGUCUGGGUCCGCCGGAGUCGGGAGUGGGUGGGAAACGGGUCCUUGAGCCACUUGAAGGAUUGGAAGUUGAAACGGGAGCACUGGAAGGAGCGGCACUUUACCCUCAGAAGAGUCCAAAUGGCGCAGUGGGAGAUGUUGCAGAACCUUGACAGUCCAUUUCUGGACCAGUUGCAUGAGCUCUACUCACAAAGCCUCCUGCCAAUGGAUGUCCGACAGCACUUGGCUGCCUGGAUUGAAGACCAGAACUGGAGGGAAGCUGUACUAGGCAGUGAUCAUUCCAAGGCCAACAUGCUAUACUUCAACAUCCUGGACCAGCUGAACCAGUGGGACCACUACAGCUUGGACUCCGACUACCUUUUAUUACAACAUAACUUGCGAAAAUUCAAUCGGGACAUUCAGAUGUUUCCCAAUGGCCCUACCCAGUUGGCUGAGAUGAUCUUCAAUCUUCUCCUGGAAGAGAAAAGGAUUCUGAAUCAGGCCCAAAGAGCUCAAGAGAUGCAGCCCAGGCCAGCCCCUGAAGCGGCAGGGGAAAGCCAGCAGCAGCUUGAGAUUGAAACAAGAAUCCUGGAUUUACAGACUGCUGUGGAGGCGCUGGUGAGAUCCAUCAGGCAGCUGAAGGAUGUGCAGGAUGUCUUCAGCUUUAGAUACACAGUUCUCAACCACAAGAAGACAUCGUCUUUGGACCCCCAUCAGAGCCAACAGCGGCAGCUUGUGCAGACAACAGCCAAUGAACUGGACAGAAUGAGAAAGGAGGUGCUGGACAUCUCCAAAGCACUGGUUGGACGAUUAACCACCCUGGUCGACCUGUUGCUGCCAAAGCUGGACGAGUGGAAGGCUCAGCAGCAGAAGUCCUGCAUUGGAGCCCCAGCACCCGAGCUGCAGCUGGAACAGCUGGAACAGUGGUUGACAGCUGGAGCAAAGGUCUUGUUCCACCUUCGGCAGCUACUGAAGCAACUGAAGGAUAUGAGUCUUAUGCUUCAUUAUGAGGGUGACAUGUUUGGCCAAGGGGUGGACCUGCAGAAUGCCCAAGUCACGGAGUUACUUCAGCGUCUGCUCCAAAGGUCCUUUGUAGUGGAAACCCAGCCCUGCAUGCCCCAGACUCUCCAUCGACCCCUCAUCCUGAAGACUGGGAGCAAGUUCACUGUCCGAACAAGACUGCUGGUGAGACUCCAGGAGGGCAAUGAAUCACUCAAAGCAGAAGUCUCCAUUGACAGGAAUUCAGAAUUGCCAGGCUUCCGGAAGUUCAACAUUCUGACCUCAAACCAGAAGUCCUUGACCCCUGAGGAAGGCCAGAGACAAGGCUUAAUUUGGGACUUCGGCUUCUUGACGCUGGUGGAACAGCGCUCAGUGGGCGCAGGAAAGGGCUGCAACAAGGGGCCGCUGCCUGUGACGGAGGAGCUACACAUCAUCAGCGCCACGGUGGAGUACGUUUACCAGGGUCUGAAGAUGAAGCUGCAGACGGACACUCUCCCUGUGGUGAUUAUCUCUAACAUGAACCAACUCUCCAUUGCCUGGGCCUCCAUUCUCUGGUUCAAUAUGCUCAGCUCAACUCCCAAGGACCAGCAGUUCUUCUGCCAAGUUCCGAAAGCUCCGUGGAGUUUGCUGGGGCCUGCACUCAGUUGGCAGUUCUCCUCCUACAUCGGCCGAGGCCUCGAUCCUGAGCAGCUGGGCAUGCUGAGAAACAAGCUGUUCGGAAAGAACUGCAAGACAGAGGAUGCACUGUUGUCCUGGGCAGACUUCAGCAAGCGAGAGAGCCCCCCUGGCAAGAUCCCUUUCUGGACCUGGCUGGACAAAAUUCUGGAGCUGGUACAUGACCACCUGAAGGAUCUCUGGAACGAUGGGCGCAUCAUGGGCUUUGUGAGCCGGAGCCAGGAACGCCGACUGCUGAAGAAGAUGGUGUCGGGCACCUUCCUGCUGCGCUUCAGUGAAACUUCUGAAGGGGGCAUUACCUGCUCUUGGGUGGAGCACCAGGAUGAUGAUAAAGUCCUCAUCUACUCUGUGCAGCCCUACACCAAGGAAGUGCUACAGUCACUCCCACUGACAGAGAUCAUCCGCCACUACCAGGUUCUCGCCGAAGAGAACGCUCCUGAGAACCCACUCCGCUUCCUCUAUCCCCGCAUCCCUCGGGACGAAGCCUUUGGGUGUUACUACCAGGAAAAAGUUAACUUGGAAGAACGGAGGAAAUACCUGAAACAUAGACUCAUCGUGAUCUCUAACAGACAGGCGGACGAGCUGCAGCAGCCUCUGGAGCUUAAACAGGAUCCAGAGUCCUUAGAGCUGGAUGCAGAGCUCAUGUCAGUGAUGGAGUUGGCACAAGACCUGGAGCUGCAGUCAAUGCUGCAGGCGGGGCUGGACCUGGGCGUAGAGCUGAAACCAGAUCCCACACCAAGUCCAGCCCCACAAAUCCUGCUGGAGCCAGACCCAGCACGCACAUUGAAUCAGCUGUUGCCAGAGCCGGAUUUGCCUCAGGACCUGCAGCAGCUGAACACAGGGGAGAUGGAAAUCUUCAGAAACAACAUAAAUAUUGAUGACGUCAUGCCCUACGGUGACCCAGUGUUGGCUGGCCAGAGCAUCAUAGAGGAGGCUUACAGGUCCUACUCCAGCCAUUUUGACGCGGAUGGACCCUUGAUUCCUUCUGAAGACUAAGAGCUUUGUUUCUGUUUUGUCCCUUCUAACUCCCAAAUCAGGAUGUUGCUUCCAGCAGUGGGAAAAGAGGCCUUGUAAUCAGGGUUAGCAUAGGCUCUGGAGUAAGAGGUAAAAGCAUAGCAUGCUUUCUAAGGUACACCACAGAUCAGAACAGACACUGGCCACAGCCCUUCUAGGACCCUGAGGCUGCCUGCCAUGCCAGGAGACACAGGGGUCUUAAGGGCAGUCAGGACAUUUGGGAGGUCCUUAGAGGGUCUGAGGCAGUGGUGUCUUUCCAGUAUGGAACGAUUUUAAUGUUUUGAUAAUUGGCUAAGUUGGUAUGAAGCAACAUUGGGCCUUGGUGGGGAGCUCAUGGAUGGAAUUCUGUCCUUCCUUCAUCGCUAUCCUGGGUCCUGUCAAACCCAGAGCCUUGCCCACGGUAGGCAACCACAGUGGCACUGAGCCAUGCCAUACCCAGCUGAGUUCUUCAGUUCUCUCUUCCGGUUAUCUCAGGUCUCCUCCCUUCACUCCUGACUCCAGUUCUAAAUCCUUCUCUUCCUGUAGAGACUGAGAGCUAUCUGCUUCAGUCGGCCAUGUGAAGCAGACUACUGCUAGCAGCCCCUUGCCAUGCUCAACCCCCACAAAGUGACCCUGACACUCUAAUGAAGGCGUGACGCUUUGCUGCCUUAGACUGUCCCGUCUCUACCUCCCCCAGCGCCUGAGAGAAUCACUCCUGGAGGUUUGAACGGUUUCUGAGCCCUUGGGCAUUGCUUCUCAUAAUAAAUACUUGAUAGAGCUGA